GGGCGUAUCAGCCUAAAAGCUGCGAUUUUCCGUUCUUAAACUAACGGUGUUAAUUUUAUCACUUUGUUUGUAAACCUCUGUGAACCACCCUCCGGGAGGAGCUGGAACGGCAGCAAGGAAGGGCCCCGUGUCUCUGUGAGGUUGUGGAGUGUGUCUGUCUGAGCAGGGAGAAUGACAAUUAGUUAUUAAUUACAGAGAAAGAGAGGGAUUCAGCGAAAACGGGAAAUAGGGAGUAAUAAAUGUAGAGAAUGAACAUCAACAACUGGAAAACCCAAAUCAGAUGGAAGUGUUUUCUUUUUGUAAUCUGAUGAAGAUGGCCUUUACAAAAGUGCCUGUUGUUGAUGUCCACAUUGACAAUUUUAAGGAGGUGUGGCCUUCUAUGCUACUUGCAGUAAGGACAGCAAGUUUCAUCGCCCUUGAUACUGAACUGAGUGGACUUGGCACACGAAAAGCUUUGCUGGCACAGUCAAUUGAAGACCGAUACAAAGCAAUAUGCAACGCUGCCAGAACUCGUUCAGUUCUAUCUCUCGGGAUAGCAAGUUUCAAAGAGCUAUCACACAAACCAGGUAGUACCUACUUGAGUCAAGUGUACAACCUUACCCUCCUCUGCAUGGAUGAAUAUAUAAUUGAACCACAGUCUGUUCAGUUCUUGGUCCAGCAUGGCUUUGACUUCAAUAAACAGUACUCUAAAGGGAUUCCAUACCACAAAGGAAAUGACAAGCCUAACGAAUGUCGUGGUCAGAAUAUGAGGGGUCUGUUCCUAGAAAUCAUCCAGUCAAAAAAGCCUUUAAUUCUUCACAAUGGGCUGAUUGACCUGACAUUCCUGUACCAGUGUUUUUAUGCCAACUUGCCAGACCAACUCAUGACCUUCACAGCUGAUGUAUCGGAGAUGUUUCCAGCUGGGGUUUAUGAUACCAAAUAUACUUCGGAAGUUGAGACUCGCUUUGUAUCAUCAUACUUGGAAUAUGCCUACAAAAAAUGCAGAAGGGAAAACAACAGAUUAAUUGAUGCUAGCAACAGUCAUCUUUCCAUUGAGUUCUGUAACUAUCAACAGGCAUUCACAGAUUAUAUUGACUACCGGUGCUGCAACCUUCCAGAGGCUGACAAAAAGGUUACAGAAGAGGGAAUAUGUGAACGAUUUUCCGCUUAUGGCUGGUGUCCAAAUGGAAUGAAAUGCUCCCUGUCACAUAAUACUGACCUCAUUAUUGAAGAAGAUGAACGCAACAAUGACAAAAAGAAGAAAAAGGUCAGGAGAAAACGGAAACAGAAUACAGCGGAAUUGACUGACAACCCUACUAACUGCAUGUUUGCAGAUAACGUGACUCCUACCGACAUACCACCAUCUAAGUUAUUGUGUGAUAACGCAAGUAUGGAACAAAAGAGAGAGAUCAUUGGAGAAUUAAUGCAGGAAAAGUCUGCAAGUGAUACACAACUCCCAAAAACCACCUUUGAGGAGGAAAGUAAAGAUAAUCCCUGUGGUGUAAUGGACACAGAGGAGAAAAUUUUAAGCAACAAUAAAAAGGAAAACCACCCAGAAGGUCAAGAGUGUACAGGAACCAAAUUAGUGGAGAAAAGCAAAAUUGAAAAAUGUGAAGGGGGCACCCACCGUGCAGGAUUUGAUGCUUUCAUGACUGGAUUCAUAAUGGCUUACAUUUUGAUGUGGAAGAAUGGUGAAAGUAGUAGCACAAAGAUGGACCCAUGGCUCCCUGACUGUCACAAUAAACUUUACCUGAGUGGGAAGACCCUUCCCUUACAGAUUUGUAAAAGUUCAUUCUCAAAAUCUUCAAAAGUUCACCAGGCUAAGAUUGAAUUGCUUUGGGGAAAACAGUGAGGUUGGAACCAUUUUUUUUUUUAAAAAAACUGGCUGCAGUAAUGAGAGUUCAGGGAAUUAACUUGGAUUGUACACUUUCGAUUCCUUGUUAAAUGUGUUCAGAAAAUGUAGUAAAAUAGAUUUUUUCUGGAGAGGAAUACAAUUAAAAUUCAGUUUUUCUAUUGCA